AUGGAGUUCACAGACAUCGUAAACCUUCUUGAUGGCCGAGAGUUCCGGGAAGCCGACAGUCAGAUCAAAAGGGGACGGCUUAAGUACCCUAACAACUCGGCGUAUCUCUGUUUACUGAUAUACUCAGCAUACAAACAGGGCUCCAAAGUUAAAGCUAUAGCAAGUGCCAAAGACUUUGUAAACAAGCACGCACUCAACGAUGCCAACUCUGUUCUCCUUCUCUAUAGACUCUUCAGCCAAGAGGGGUUGACCAAAGAAGCGCAACAGACGUACGAAACGGCAUUGAGGAAGUUCCCCAUACUUGGACCCAAGUUGCUUCCUGCCCUCAUCGAGCAAAUGGUAGAUGGAGUAACCCCUAUAAACAUCAAGCAGAUGGAGAAGUUGCUCAUGCAAUUGCAGAAGGUUUCUGGUGAGACUAAGGAUGUCUAUAAUGCUGCGUUUGCCUGUUCUCUUAUGCCAACUGAUACACUCUUGAACCAAUUGGGUGUGAAGUUGGUAGAAAAGGUGGCAGUAGAGAAUACUCAACAACUCUAUGUGGUGACAAAGCUCAAUUCCAACUUGAGACAAUGGGACGCUGUGAUCGAUGCCACUGAGACGUUUAAGAAGAAGUCCGCAGAAAUUGCAUUGGACUUGGAAAUUGAAACUCUCUAUGUUGAAGCAUUGAUCCAAUCACAGAACUGGACCAAGUUGCGUAUCCACACGUUACCCAAGUUGACUACGUUCAAUGACUAUUCCACGAUCUUGAACUUCAUUCUUGCCCUGAGACAAUUGGCCGAGUCUUUCAAUGCCACAAAGGAACUCCUAGACACUAUACCGUUCAAGAGAAACCGUCUAUUAUCGUAUUUGGAGUUGGCUGUACAAUAUAACAUGCCUCACGAGGUUUACUUGCAACAAUACUACGAUGCCCUCAAAACCAAGUUGUGUUGUUUCUACGAUAUUCGUCAUUAUCCUAAGUUAAAUGCUUUGAAAUUGGAAGAAGGAUCCAAUGAUUCCCAUGUGGAGAUUAAUAACCAGAAGUUCAAGCUUAUUCUUCUGGGGGAGGAUUAUUCAGUAAUUAUCAAGGAAAAUGAAGCCAUUUAUGAAACGGCCUGUGCAAAAAAAAAGUCCUUGGAAAGAUACGAAUUACUUCCUGAAAAUGAGCUUAUACUAAUGAACUUACUACUUGAUGAUAAUGUUAAUGCCUUUGAAAAGACUGAUAGGUUACAUUCAGUGCUUUCUCGUAAUCCAGAUGAUCCUAGAGUCCGGAUGUGGAUGAUGCACUCAUUAGCCCAAUAUGGCCAUUUCACUCAAACAAUACUCGGACACUUUGAAGAUUUAAAAAUUAAAAUGAUCCAAAUCGAUACGUUGGGUUACUACAUCAGCAAUUUAGUCCCGCUGAAGGAAAAUGCCAUGGUGCUAUUCAAUUUAUAUCGUUACUACUUGACAGUUCCGUCUGAGAAUGUUUCUAUGGUGUUACAAGGCAUGGAGAACCAAGUGUACACCAAACUAGAAGGGUUUUUCAACUUCUACAAUAGAAGCUUGAACUCUGUUGGAGAGUUGCAAUUGGCAUUAACCAUUGCAAAGAUGACCACUGUCUUGGGAUUAUCCGACUAUUCCUCCUUCUUUGUUGACCGUAUUAAAACCAGGUUUCAAUUGGAUCUGUUGAACGAUAAUCGUGACUUCAAGACGUUGUGGAAAUUUGGAAUCAACACCAAGGAAGCAGAAGCUUAUGCCAACAGCCUUCUGCUGUUGUUGACGUUAAAACUCGAAUACUACAAGACCCUCUUAUUAAACGAAGGGAACCCAAGCAACGCACAUUCUCAUAUCAAGAACCUCAACAAGUUGUUGAGUGGGGAAGAUACCAAAUCACUAAACAAGUUCGAAACUUGGUUAUACCGAAUCUACUUCAACUUGUUCAAAUGUCUAUUCAAAUAUAACCAGAAAGAAAUGGUUACCAACAUGAACUACUUGACCAAGAACCUCAAGUUCACCAAGGUCAUGCCGAUAAUAGGAGAAUUUUCAGUGCUUUCUUCAGCAUAUACCCUGCUGAUUGUAUCUUUGGUUGAACUAGUACACAACUUGACAGGCUUGACAGAUUUCAAGCACCUCAGAGACCAACUCUGCACAGAUAUAAAGAAGGUUAACAUCAGGUCAUUGGUAGAAGCAGAGCUUGAGAAAACAGGAGCAUCUAAAUUUGGAUUCACCAAGCACUUAGAUAACUACGACAUUCUUAUUUCGUCAUUGAAAUAG